GCGGCGGAAGAAGAGGCCGCCUCUUUCUCUCUCUCUCUCUCUCCCCUCCCUCCUUCCCUCUCUCUCUCUCUCUCUCUUUUCGCUCUUGCUCUCUCGCUGUAGUUUGCAUCCAUAUUAUAAAGCUUUUCGCCCUUCCUGCGCGGAAGCCUUCUGGAUGUACGUGUGCCGCUCCGACGCUUUUUGCACGCCGCCUGCACAACGCACUCAUGCACUCACUCACUCAUUGACUUGAGUCGUCAGAACACCUCCUCCAACCACGAGCAGCAACUUCAAUUUUUGAAAACUUUUUUUUUUUUUUUUGCCUCCUCUUCUGGGAUACUAAUUUUGACGCGUUGGAUAUGUGCACACAAGAUGAUGACAACCCCUUUCCUGCCCGUAGAAGUAAAAUAAAAUAGGCUUUCGCGCACUCGAGCUUGUCCCCUGUCGUUCCAUAUGAAGAAGCCAAAAAUUCGGAUAGGCGUCUGUGUCCAUUUACUGCUGCUGAUCACGCUCGGGGUGCAUUCAAGUAAAUUUGACGUCAACCCAGUGACAGAUGACGUGUCAAGACUCUCGAUUUUGAAACAUAAUAUUCCCAAAGACUACAAAAUUCCUGUACAUUACAUUCCGAGAGAAGAGGGUGGGAUGUGCUGGGUAAAGCUCAACGUCUUCUACCUGGAGGAGAGUUUACAAGACUUAGCGCACAAGUUUGGCAACAUUUCGUCCAACAGAAAAGACAUUAGCAUAUUUAUACAAAUGCUCCAAGAGCUACGACUCAAUAUGGGCUCCGUGGAAGCCAUCAUGUACGACUUUGAAUGCCACUACCGUGAGGAGCGGUGGCCCACGGAGCAAUACUUUGCGUUUGUGUCCGACUUCCUGGUCAGCGCUCAGCACAGAGCCGACUCGGACGACUGCGAGCCUCCUCCGUGCCCCACCACCCCCCAAACACAAACAGAACAAUAUUUAAAAGAAUUGCCGUCGUCCAGCAGUAAAAGCUCCGAGUGUGACACAUCCACAGACUGCCAAACACACCAAGAAGCGCGUCUGCUUCCGGAGGUUGUGGAGCGAAGUCUUCUAUCUUUACUCUUUGUCCCGUUCCUGGCACUCAUCCUGCUGCUCGUAUGGAAGCUCAGAUCGCGACGGAACAGCCGAGAUCUUCCGCAGAUUCCCGGAGAAGACGUUCACUUCACAAGUACGGAAAGGAGCGCACCCCCGCUAGAUUCUCGAAUUACAGAAAAAAACAAGUUGAACAUGAUUGAAACUGUGUAAAAGAACUGCUUCAGCUGGUGAUGAAAGUAUCAUUCCAUAGAGUGAGUAACCACAAUGGGGAUUCCAAGAAACAAGCAAAGAAAGAAAGAAAAAAAGACAACUGCUUCCUCUGUCUGCUGCCACCGCCACCAGCAACCACCAUUUUGUCAGCUCUCAUCAACCCUUCUACUGUAUGGAUACGCUUUUCCAUUUUGCUUUAAGACUGGCUUUGUUCAUUGAGGAGUAAGAAAAACAAGAAAGACUGACGUUGCUUUAAAAGAAGCCCCUUCCCCAGUAUUUCUUCUCCCGGACUUGAUGGCCUCCUCACAAACUUUAAGCAAGAAGACAAUGCCAGACUGUGACCACAUUGCCCCCCCCCGCCCCCCUUCCACCUCCACUCACUGGAUAUCCCGCACACUUCGUCCACAUUCUCAAGAUCAACUUUGCCGUUUGAGUCUCCCUGUGGGGCUUGUACGCUCUAUUUAUUUAUUGCCCAUUGCAGAAGCACCCUUGCGUUUCACCCCCCGACCCCCGAGUAGGUAGCGGGACUGUUGGCUGAAGGCACAGGGUGGGAAAAGAUGACACACUCAAAUACAGUGGAUCCUUCCAAAUGCAAAUGAGCACGCGCUAAAAAGUACUUUUUAAAAACAAUUUGAACUGUUCUACAACGCAUUAACCAUUGUUGUUGUUUUUUUUAUUAUCCUCCGUAUGAAAAAUUGCAAAUAAUCUUUUUAUUUUUUCCACUCCAACAAUAGUAACUGCGAUACAGGUGUAACAAUAAUUAUUAUACUAAUAGUAUAUCGUGUAAAACAAUUACAUUUUUGGUUCCAGGCUCAAACUGUGGCCACUGUAAAAGCUUUACUCAUACAGGCAAUAUGUUCAUUUACAUCUUUAGGUGUUAUCUAAGUGUUAAAAGAAGCUAACCACUGUAAAAACCAACAUGAGGUGCAAAAAUGUAUAAAAUUGGAGUGUCUACUGUAUACAAACAAAUGCUAGCUUCUAUGCUAACUCAGAAAAAUGACUAAAGAAUGCAAAAAAAAAAAAAAAAGAGCCAUGAAUGCUCAUUAGCAUCUUUAGCCUAGCUGGUUUCCAUUUUGCCUUCCUGUCUCAGAUCAAAUCUGAUUCACGUCAAAGACAAAAGGCUACAUCAAUUAGCGUAGCGCCAGUGGAGGCGAACCAUAUGAAACGGUCACCCUGGGAGGCUGCUUUGCGGCUAACAAACAGCAGAUGUCUUCAUCCAGCCGUGCGUUUUCUUCCAUUGUAAAGCUAACUCGUCGAAAUCUACAAGCAUGAGUCAUCAGGAUUGCAUGUUUCACAAAUGCUACAUUCACACGUGUUUAUGCAAACAAUUAUUGGCUCCAAAGUGUAAUUCAUGGAACAUGAUGAAAUUAUAAAUUUCCCCCAAAAAAUGUCACUUAUAAUUUAAAGAAAAAAAAAAGAAGUAAAGAUUAAAAGAAAAACACUAACACAAAGCAUCUGAUGAAAUACUGAUUACCGUAUUUUCCGGACUAUAAGGCGCACCUAAAACCUAAAAUUUUCUCAAAAGCAGACAGUGCGCCUUAUAGUCCAGUGCGCCUUAUAUAUGGACCAAAUUCCUAAAUUUAAACUGGCCCAAAGCAUUGUGUUAUGAAAUCAAUCAUAAGUGGCCUGCUGAAGACUAGGAAUCAUGAAUCACAAAGACUAUGGAUCAUUAUUUUGUGAUUAUAAAGUUGUUUGUUGCAUCUGAAGUUGAAAUAAAAAAGCUAAAAUGGAGAAUGAUUUGAUUUGGAUUACAAAUCUGACAUGAUGCAAUAAUGGUGCGCCUUAUAGUCCGGUGCGCCUUAUAUAUGGACAAGGUUUUAAAAUGGGCCAUUCAUUGAAGGUGCGCCUUAUAGUCCGGUGCGCCUUAUAGUCCGGAAAAUACGGUACUUGUGUAAUUUGGACUAUAAGUAAAUUUGACCCCAUGAACGCAGUUCGGAAAAUGAAUUAAAGUAAUUUUGAAAUUUAAACAAAAAAUUAACAGUACAAGCAAAAAAAAAAAAGGACAAAUUUAAACUAGAACUGAGACAAAUUAAGCAUGUAACAUGCUAACUAAAUUUUAUGAAAUCUAAAGACAAAAAAGCACCCAUUGUGGUAUCAGGUAUUGUCAAAACAUUUACACUAUAUUAAUUAUUUAAUAUACUAGUCAUUUCAACUUAACUGUAAAUAUAUUUCAAAAGAAAAUUUUAAUUUGAAAAAUACAGUAUAAAAUCAGUCCAUGAUGGUGUCAGGUACUGGGUUUAUUUUAAAUUGAAAAAAGUCAUUUUAAAUUGUUAUGCGACUAUGUUCAAAUGUCUUUCAUCCGUCCAAAAAUAGAAUUGUUUUAAUAAUAAUGAUAAUAAUUGAACUCCAAAUUGCCCAUGUGAGUCUCAGGUAUUGUCCAAACGUCGGCAAUUGAUGUAAGAGUCGUAAUCUGAUGUCACCGUGAAUCACAAUCAGUUGCUUUCUCGUUAAUGCCCACAUCAACGACACUGUAACUAAAAUGGAUCAAGUUCUCUUUGAAAGAUUUUUAACCCAAGUCCCCUUGUGCCUUUUGUUUGGUUAGUUCUCAACUCCUGCUUUGUGAUUAACGGUCAAUCAAUCCCAGACAACUGGCAGAACCGUCAAUGAACGGAUUCCUUGCGCAUCUUUGCAAUCCACCCGUUUGCAUUUGGCACCUUUGCUAACAUGUCAGCCUACAAAAAAGGAGCUCAUUUAUCCCGCACGGUUCCCGAGAUACUUCUGCCACUUUUUCUCUGCCCGCCUUUCCAUCCCCACACACUGACUUUUGACGAAAGCUGUGAAUGAAGCAAAAUACGGUGGUGGUGCGUUUGUCUUGAGAAGUUCUGUUGUUCCUACUGAUCCCGAAAGAUAUUAUCUUUUCUUUCUAAAAAAUAGAAAAUUUAAAAAAGAAUCACGGUGGGACAAUCACAACGUCCAGACAAUAAAAUAAGCUUGGUGGGCUCACAAAAAAAAAGAAAGGCAGAUAUUGAUAUUAUUGUUAUUAUUAUUAUUACUAUUAUUAAGAAGAUGAUGAAUGCCCAGCUGCUACUCUGGGUGAGAACUCUACUGUAUUCUGUAUUUUUGUAUAAAUGUAAACAAGCAUACAUCCAAUAUGAAUAAAGUACGUGUAUCCUGA